GAGAGAGAGAGAGAAAGAAAGUGUGUGAGAGAGAGGAUGGAUAAGGUAAACGUCUGAUCUCUCUUUCUCCUCCGGGUUUGUUCAGUCUCUUGUGGCCGGACGCGCGCGCACACGCACACAGAGCGCUCGCGAGCGGCGGGCAGGCGGCUGCAGGUGAAGAGAUGAUGAUGAUGAUGAAGAAUCCACGGAUUACCGCAGUGACACCACUGGUUGUUUUAUUAAUACUGCACGUGACGCGAGCAGCAGCAAAUCCCAUUGAUGUGCUGAAGACUUUGGACCUAUCAGACUCCAUGGAGGGCGUGUCAUUGGAGGCGGGGCUGUGUACGAGUAGGCAGGGCACUGAGGAGGUGGACCUCGCUUAUAAAAUAGAAAAAAAAAUCCAAGUUAGCGUGCCAACCAAACAGCUUUUCCCAGACUCAGAUUUUCCGGUGGAUUUUUCUCUGAUGGUGACGGUCCGGGCGAGACGUGGUGCUCAGUGUUUUCUUCUCUCUGUGUAUGACAGCGAGGGGGUACAGCAGCUAGGUGUAGAGCUCGGACGCUCGCCUGUCUUUCUCUAUGAAGAUCACAACGGUCAGCCCACACCUGACCUCUACCCUGUUUUUAAAAAGGUCAACCUGGCCGACGGCAAGUGGCACAGAGUGGCGUAUAGUGUGGAAGGUCAGAAGGUCACACUUUUUCUGGAUUGUCAGGAAGUAGCGACCCUUGACCUUCCCAGAGGCCAGGAUCCUAAAGUGAGCACAGAGGGCGUGACUGUGUUUGGGACACGAUUGCUGGAUGAAGAAGUGUUCGAGGGUGAGAUUCAGCAGUUGUUGAUCGCUCCAGACCCCAGAGCUGCUGCUACCUACUGUCACACCUACAUACCUGACUGUGACUCCGCCCUCCCGUACAACAGCUUAACACUGGACCCUGUGGAGAUUCAGAGACCCUCUAGAAAACCUGUUGAAGAAGACUUUGAUGAUCUUUACAAUGACAUCCUAUACAAUGAUCUCUCCACACUUUCUCCAGGAGAUAAGAGCACUGAAUAUGAGGUUGUGGAGUAUGACGACUCUGAGAAUGGCACCGAAUAUUUUAAGGAAUACACCGAAUAUCACGAAUAUCAUGAUGAAUAUGAUUAUAGACCAGCAGAGAGAGAGGAACAGAUCUACAAUGGACAGUCUUCAUUUGGUUCAGAGAAAGGGGAGAAAGGAGAGCCGGCAGUAUUAGGAGAGGGCACCCUGAUUGUAGGACCUCCCGGUCUUCCUGGUCAUGAGGGUAUGCCGGGUGAAGCCGGUCCAAUGGGACCUCCAGGACCAAUCGGAGAUCCAGGAGAUCCGGGUCCUGAAGGUCAUCCAGGGCUUGCAGGGGCUGAUGGGAUACCAGGUCCUCCAGGCACACUGCUGAUGUUACCGUUUCAGUUUGGUGGUGAUGCUAGUCAGGGUCAGGUGAUAUCCGCUCAAGAAGCUCAAGCUCAAGCAAUCCUCCAGCACACAAAGCUGUCUUUGAAAGGACCACCGGGACCACUGGGACUUACUGGACGUCCAGGUCCACUGGGUUCUCAAGGGCCGCGGGGUUUAAAGGGUGAUCAUGGAUUAACAGGACCACCGGGUCCUCGUGGGAUACCUGGAAUACCAGGACUGAAUGGUAAAAUAGGAAAAAGAGGUCGUGGUGGUAAUGAUGGAGGUCGAGGUGAACCAGGUGAAACCGGAGUUAAAGGUGACAGAGGGUUUGAUGGUUUACCGGGUCUUCCUGGAAAUAAAGGUCACAAGGGAGAUCCAGGCAAGAAAGGUCCAUUUGGUCCCCCAGGAGGCCCAGGAGAAAAGGGAUCAGAUGGUCAGCCGGGUCCGAGAGGUCAGCCAGGAGAGCCUGGUCUGGCGGGGUUAACGGGAUCACGGGGUCCACCCGGUCCUCCAGGACCACAGGGUAUCCGUGGGAUUGAUGGGGCUCAAGGCUCAAAGGGAAAUUUGGGGCCAGUUGGAGAAUCUGGGGCCCCGGGACAACAAGGAAACCCAGGAUUCCAGGGUUUUCCUGGAGCUCAGGGAUUGAUUGGAUUACCAGGAGAAAAGGGUCCACAGGGAAAGAAAGGAAUGAAGGGGUUACCUGGUGUGGACGGUCCUCCGGGUCAUCCAGGAAGAGAAGGACCACCUGGAGAGAAAGGACUUCCGGGUGCAGCAGGUGUUCAGGGGCCUGUUGGAUAUCCUGGACCCAGAGGAGUCAAAGGUGCUGAUGGCCUCAGGGGGUUAAAAGGCAGUAAAGGAGAGAAGGGUGAAGAUGGUUUUCCUGGAGCAAAAGGAGAAAUGGGUGCUAAAGGAGACAAUGGAGAUUCAGGGCCUCCAGGUAUGCGUGGUGAAGACGGUCCUGAGGGUCUUAAAGGACUGGGUGGCCCUAUAGGUGAAGCUGGACCAGCGGGCAUUGCUGGAGAAAAGGGAAAGCUGGGUAUUCCAGGUUUACCUGGUUACCCGGGUCGUCAGGGUUUAAAGGGUACGGAUGGUUUUCCAGGACCAGUUGGAGUUCCAGGUGAAAAAGGGAAGAAGGGUCCACCGGGUCCUGCGGGGGCCGCCGGUCAGAGGGGUCCCAAUGGUGCUCGAGGUGGAAGAGGUGCAAGAGGUCCCACUGGAAAAUCAGGAGAGAAGGGGUCUGCAGGACAUGACGGGCCUCCAGGGCCCACAGGAGAGAGAGGCCCACAAGGACCUCAGGGUCGUGCAGGAGAGUCAGGACCCAAAGGACCCAAUGGACCUGCCGGGAAGGACGGCCUGCCGGGUCAUCCGGGCCAGCGGGGGGAGCCGGGUUUCCAAGGAAAAACAGGCCCUCCUGGACCCACAGGUGUUGUUGGACCACAGGGUAAUUCAGGAGAGACUGGACCGAUGGGAGAGAGAGGACACCCGGGCACUACAGGACCUGCUGGAGAGCAAGGCUUACCUGGAUCCGCUGGGAAAGAAGGUGCAAAGGGUGACCCUGGAGGUCCGGGUACAUCAGGAAAGAGCGGUCCGCAGGGUCUGAAAGGUUUCCGUGGAAGUCGAGGAGCACCGGGUGUCAUGGGGCCGGUUGGAUUAAAGGGAGGCGCUGGGCCUAUCGGAGGCGCUGGACCUCCGGGGCCCACAGGUGAAAGGGGACCAUCUGGACUGGCUGGUGCCAUUGGUCAGCCCGGUCUUGCCGGAUCUGUCGGUGGUGCUGGACCAACAGGAGAGAAAGGAGAACCUGGAGAGAAAGGCCUGAUUGGACCUGCAGGACAGGAUGGAGAGCAGGGUCCUGUGGGUUUACCAGGAGCUGCUGGCCCUCCAGGACCUCCAGGAGAGGAUGGAGACAAGGGGGAAACAGGAGCUCCAGGACAGAAAGGCAGCAAAGGAGACAAAGGAGAAACGGGGCCUGCAGGUCCAGCCGGCACACAGGGGCCCGAGGGACAACCAGGAGCUCCAGGUGUAGACGGGGAGCACGGUCCUCCGGGACAGCAGGGCAUGUACGGUCAGAAGGGCGAUGAAGGUGCCCGAGGCUUUAAAGGAUCCAGAGGCCCGAUGGGUUUACAGGGAAUGCCAGGUCCUCCUGGAGAGAAAGGUGAAAGUGGGCAUUCUGGUCUGCUGGGCCCCCCGGGUCAGCUCGGGCCAAGAGGACCUCAAGGACCCUCUGGUGGACAGGGUCCUCCUGGUCGUCCUGGAGUGCGAGGUCAGCCUGGUGCUGUGGGUGAGAAGGGUGAAGAUGGUGAAUCUGGAGAUCCUGGAGCUGUGGGAGUUUCUGGCAGCACAGGAGAGAAAGGAGAUCUGGGUGAGAAAGGAGACACAGGACCACCAGGUGCUGCAGGUUCACCAGGAACCAGAGGUCAAUCUGGAGAAGAUGGAGCUAAAGGCAAUGCUGGUCCUAUUGGUUUUCCUGGAGAUAUGGGAGCUCCUGGAGAGCCGGGUGUUAACGGGAUCGAUGGCAGUCCGGGAUUUAAAGGAGAUCAUGGAGAUCCUGGAAAACCUGGACCUCCGGGAGCCUCUGGAGAGCCGGGUCCACCGGGAAGACCAGGACGAAGGGGUCAUAUAGGUCCUCAAGGUAAAGAUGGACGUGCGGGUCUGAAAGGAGAUAAGGGCGCUCCUGGAUAUGAAGGAGUUCUGGGAAAGACAGGGCCUGUAGGAGGUCAAGGGAACCCAGGGAAAGCCGGACCUCAGGGACUUCCAGGAAUUCCUGGACCAGCGGGUGAACAAGGCUUGAAUGGACCGCCGGGUCAAACUGGACCUCCUGGGCCAAUGGGCCCAGCUGGACUGGCAGGACUAAAGGGAGAUUCGGGAAAGAAAGGAGAUAAGGGUCAUGGUGGUCUGAUUGGUCUGAUCGGACCCCCGGGUGAGUUUGGAGAGAAAGGUGAUCGAGGACUGCCAGGUAACCAGGGACCACAGGGAGCAAAGGGAGAUGAGGGUCCAGUUGGACCUCCAGGACUUACCGGACCGCCGGGACCACCAGGACUGUCUGGAUCAAUGGGACAAAAGGGAUCUAAGGGCAACCAGGGGCCUAUUGGACUGAGAGGAGACACGGGUCCUGCUGGACCACCCGGACCACCAGGUUCUCCUGCAGUAGGAAUGGCAUCUUCUCCAGUACUGGAUAAUGGCAGAAAGAGGCGGAGACAUUCUGAUGUGGAUGGAGCAGCUGUGGAGGAUGAUGAUGAUGAUGGAGUGAUGCAGGAUGAUGAAGGUCAGGUGGAUGAGGUGUUUGCGUCUCUGGCCUCCAUGAGGACUGAUGUCGAGGGACUCAGAACACCACUGGGCACCUACCACAGUCCAGCCCGAACCUGUAAAGAGCUCUUCAUGUGUCACCCAGAGUAUUCUGAUGGUGUGUACUGGAUUGACCCGAAUCAGGGUUGUCAUAGAGAUGCGUUUAAGGUGUUCUGUAACUUCACAGCAGAAGGUGAAACGUGUUUGCAGCCUCACAGCAGCUUCCAGUCGGUCAAAAUAUCAUCAUGGAGCAAAGAGAAACCAGGAACCUGGUACAGCCAAUUCAAGAAGGGAUCUCAGUUCUCUUAUGUAGAUAUGGAUGGCAACUCUAUUCACGUGGUUCAGUUGGGUUUCCUGAAGCUCUUAAGCGCGACAGCUCGACAGAGUUUCACAUACUUGUGUCAGAACUCAGCAGGAUGGCUGGACAGCGCCUCCCUCAGUUACAGACACGCACUGCGCUUCAGAGGAGCCAACGGCCAAGAGCUGACACAACAAAACACACAUUAUAUACAGCCAAUACAUGACGGAUGCCAGUGGCGUUCAGGUCAGGAUCGGAGCGUUCUUCAGGUGGAUUCACCGCAGUCAGAUGUUCUUCCUCUUAUGGAUGUGGCUGUGAUGGAUUUUGGAAACUCGAAGCAGAAGUUUGGGUUCAGUUUGGGAAGCGUGUGCUUUAAUGGCUAAAGAGACUUCAUAUUUAUACAUCAGCGCUGAACGCCAGCCAAUCAUUUCUCACGGAUAACAGGAAGUUAUGCUUGAAGGGUCAUCAUGUGACCCCAAGACUAACCAGUGCACUGCAUGAUGAUUUACUUUCAUACACAGUCCAAAACUUUCCUUGUGUUGUUUACUGGAAUCAAACCUCAUAAGAAUCAUGUUUAUUCUUUAUUGAAAGAUGUGGAUGUAUAUUUGUAUGUUUGUUUGAAUGUUUAAUCUUGGUGCUACAUGAGAUGAUAUUUUAACUUGUUUACACGAUGACGAUGAUGAUGAUUUGUAUGUGAAUUCUGGGAGAUUAUUUUAUCUUGAGGUCAUCAUGGACAUCUGUGUGGAGAUAUUCACAUGUUUGUUUGUUUAUUAUGUUUAUUAUAGAUGAAAAUACUUUUUUAUUAUAAAUAUUGUUUGGGAGGAGAGAGUUUUGAAUAAAACUAACACUUAAAAAGACUCUGAUGUU